UGCGUCUGCGCAGUGCGGAGCUGAGGGCCCUGAUAGGGCGGCGUGCGUGCGUGCGUGCUCCCGUGCGUCCCCGUUUGCCUCCCGUUUAGUCCGGUUCCGGUCCUGUGGUCCCGGUGCAGAAGUGCUGCGGUUCGGGAGGCGGGCUCGUGGCUGCGGGAGGAGAGGCGAGUCUUUAAAAAUACAGCGUAAAAAUGGCUUCAAAAAGGGCGCUGGUCAUCCUGGCCAAAGGAGCAGAGGAGAUGGAGACGGUCAUCCCUGUGGAUGUCAUGCGGCGAGCUGGCAUUAAGGUCACCGUUGCGGGUUUGGCGGGAAAGGACCCGGUGCAGUGCAGCCGAGAUGUUAUCAUCUGUCCUGAUGCCAGCCUGGAAGACGCCAGAAAAGAGGGACCUUAUGAUGUAGUGGUUCUGCCGGGAGGUAAUCUGGGCGCACAGAAUUUAUGUGAGUCUGCUGCUGUGAAGGAGAUCCUGAAGGAGCAGCAGGGCCGCAAGGGCCUCAUCGCCGCCAUCUGUGCAGGUCCUACAGCUCUGUUGGCUCAUGAAAUAGGUUUUGGAAGCAAAGUUACAACACACCCACUGGCUAAAGACAAAAUGAUGAAUGGGAAUCAUUACAGCUACUCAGAGAAUCGCGUGGAGAAGGACGGCCUGAUCCUCACGAGCCGGGGGCCGGGGACCAGCUUCGAGUUCGCCCUGGCGAUUGUGGAGGCGCUGAGCGGCAAGGAGGUGGCCGAGCAGGUGAAGGCCCCGCUGGUGCUGAGAGACUAGCCGCGGCCCUGGGAGGGGUUAGGGGGCUGCUGGUCCCCCUGCCUCCUUGUGUUUGUGCUGCUGUGUGGGGACGCCGAGGCGCUGCCCGGGAAGUGGGGUGCCAGGCCUCCUCAGAUCCCCCCACACCUGUGUCCCCACAUUUCCGAACCUCGAUUGCAGAAUAAACAGACGUGUAGCAAACUACCA